AUGCUGCUCGCUGACUCAGACGCCGAUGGCGAAGAACACGUCAACGCCUGUUGGGCAAUCGUCGUUCUGGAUCGUGCCUGGUCGGUUGUCAUGAACACACUCCCGAAUUGGACCAAUCCUAUCGAAACUCCAUGGCCGGGCACCAAGGUCUCUGGGAUGACCGACAUUGUACAAACCUUCCUCGCUGUAGGCGACCACCAGCCGCCCAAGUCCUCAAAGGAACUACUUGCCAAAGCCGCUGUGCUCUGGGAGGCUGCGAACCAUCUAGUUACCCGAUCUGAGUGGAAACCUGGUUCUCCGCAUAAUGUCGAAGCAGCACAAGCCUUCUACGACCGAUUUUCUGCCAUCGACAAACGUAUCGAGGAAAUUUGCAGCCCACCAAAUCCCUCCAGUCAAUCCGAUCCUUCGUCCAUGGAUCAACAAAAUGACCUCGUUGGUCGGAGUAUGGCCCAUGCAGCCGAAAUCCAACUUCAUCGUCCCUUUGCCCAUCAAGAAGACAACCAAUUGACGCAAGAACGCUCUCAACAGCGCUUUCUCGAUGCCGCGCGCGCGAUUUUGCAUUUGGCCCUGAAGGAACUGACCAUGCUGACGGGCAAACGCACAACCACACGAAAAUGGGACCACACCCAGCUUGUCAGCAUGGCACAUCUCCCUAGCGCAUCCGGGAAGCAUCAAAGCGGCUCAGUUCACCUGCGGACUGUCCACGUUGAACAUGAUGUUGUCGAUCAUGCCCAAGGUUUACGGGAAGCCCUUGACAAGGACAAAGCGGCCGUCGCGGACUGGGCAUGCGAACAGUCGAUUGAUGGGGAGGUGGAAGGCCUCUUCUCAGUCUGCUUGAACAGACUCGCAGGAACAGCACUCUUGGUUUCGAAAAGGCGGAGGUUGAGCGCAAAGUUGGGGGCCAUGGACUCACUGGCAUUACUUAACGACAUCUGA